UCUCAUUUUUGAGCGAAGGCCUUGGCGCUUCCAUAUAACAAAUCCCAAAUAUUCAACCAACUCCAGAAGCCCAAACCUCUAAAAAAUGGCCCUAGACAUUUCCAUUUUCGAAAUCAUAAAUCCCUCCCGCUACCUCUCCUUCACCAUCCCCAAUCCCAUUCUCAACCCCUCUCUCUCUUCCCCGCUCAUUCGAAUCGCCAUCCUCGACUCACCCAUCCACCCCACCACCCCCUCCUCCCCCUCCUCCUCCUCCUCCUCUCCUCCCACUCCCAAUGUCGCCGCCAUGUUCGUCCCCAAACACCGCGAGUCCGACUGGCUCUUCUCCACCGAGGCCGGCCACCUGCAACUCCUCCUCAGCUCCUCCAACAUACAACGCCUCAUAUUAAUCGGACAACAACCCAUCAUCAACGGCCCUGGUUCACAUUCCGUCUACCGCCGUCCGAUCGAUUCCGAUUCCCUAAACAACCUCGAAAUGACGCUAAAGCCACUGGUAAUUGCCUUAUCUCCUAAAAAUUACUUUAAAAAUGGAAACGUGGAAGUACCCUUUUUGAGUUAUGAAGAUAAUGUUAUUUCUAGCUUAGUUUUAGAGAAAUGUGUUGGGAAUUUUGUUGGUGAAAUGCUUGUUGAAGAUGUUGAGAUAGAGUCUAGUGAUCAAGGAAGAGAAUUUAGGAGGAGAUUAAGGUUUAAAAGGAUGCCUAAUUUGAUACAAACGGAGAUUCGAAUCGUGCCCAAGAGGGUUUUUUGUAUGGAUUCAUUUGAAAUAGGAGGCCAUAAUGUAGAGUUUAGCCAUGAUUUGGGGGUUUUGGUGCAUGUUUAUUUGGUGCCAAUGGUGGCUAGUCUUACUUUGAUUGGCUCGCGAAUUGAAGAGCAUGUUCAAGUUGGGUUAAGACCAAAAGCUUUGUGUCUUGGGGUUGGAGGUGGUGCUCUUGUUGGGUUUUUGAAAGCGCAAUUGGGUUUCCAUGUUGUUGGUGUUGAGAUUGAUGAGGAGGUGUUAAGGGUUGCAUGGAAGUACUUUGGCUUGGAGGAUGGAGACUUUAUUCAGGCUUUUGUGGGAGAUGGUAUGGAGUUUAUGGCGAAACUGGCACGUGGAGAUGGUUGUCAUGAAGGAGUCGGUCAUCUAGAUCCUCAGUUUGACGUUAUUAUGGUUGAUUUGGAUUCUGGUGAUUUGAUAAACGGUGUUAGUGCUCCCCCCUUGGAAUUUGUUAGGAAGGAUGUUUUCUUGGCUGCUAGAUCAAUUCUUUGUGAAUCUGGCAUUUUUGUUAUUAAUGUGAUCCCCCCAAGUAGGUCAUUCUAUGAGACGUUGAUACAUGAUUUUCAAGAGGUUUUCCCUGAGUUAUAUGAAAUUGAUGUUGGAAAUGGAGAGAACUUUGUUCUCAUCGCUAGGGCUUUGCCUACUGUAUCUUUUAUUAGUGAUUGUGAAAAUAAUUUUCUUAAAAAACUGAGACUAGCAAUUUCAGGAGCAUAUAUGGAUUCCAUUAAGAGAAUUUGAAUGAAAUGUGUAAUAGAAACAAUGAAUAUACUCGUUCAAAUUGAGCAAUAUGAACUUUUCAGAUUGAAUACAAGGUUAACGUUUGCUUGACAGGGUAGGUCUGCUUGCACUCUUCUGACAGGAAUUAGCUUCAAGGAAACUGAACUAUCAGUAUUAGGCAUGCGUUAACAUUUAU